UGGCAGCCUGGGCUGUGCUCGCCGCUCCGGACAUAGCGCCGAGAAAAAUGCUGCUCUCCGUACCGCCAAGGGCAGGAAUCAACUCAUACAACGGCUAUAACAGCAGAAACGGCAAAAAGCAGACCUAUGUGUCCUCCAGCCACCAGAUGGCUCCCCCAAGUCCAAACAACAACAAUAGCAGCAGCAGCAGUGGGGGAGGGGAACAGCUGAGUAAAACUAACCUGUACAUCCGCGGCCUUCAUCCUGGGACCACGGACCAAGACCUGGUCAAGCUCUGCCAACCAUAUGGCAAGAUUGUGUCGACCAAGGCCAUCUUGGAUAAAACCACCAACAAAUGUAAGGUGAGAUAUGGCUUUGUGGACUUUGACAGUCCAGGUGCAGCACAGAAAGCUGUUACAGCUUUGAAGUCCAGUGGUGUCCAGGCUCAGAUGGCCAAACAACAAGAGCAAGACCCCACCAACCUCUACAUCUCCAACCUGCCAGUGUCUAUGGAUGAACAAGAGCUGGAGAGCAUGCUCAAGUCCUUUGGCCAGGUCAUUUCUACACGCAUCCUCCGGGAUGCUAACGGGACCAGCCGCGGUGUGGGCUUUGCCAGAAUGGAAUCCACUGAGAAGUGUGAGGCCAUAAUUCAGCAUUUCAAUGGCAAAUUCAUCAAGACUCCACCGGGAGUGCCUGUGCCCACAGAGCCCUUAUUAUGUAAGUUUGCAGAUGGAGGUCAGAAGAAGAGGCAGAACCAGGGGAAAUACCUCCACAAUGGAAGGCCCUGGAUUAGAGAUGGAGAUACGGGAGGAAUGACGCUUGCUUAUGACCCCACAGCCUUACAAAAUGGCUUCUACUCCUCACCCUACAGUCUGGCUCCAAACCGAAUGAUCGCACAGACUUCUCUCUCACCCUACAUGCAUUCUCCUGUCUCGUCCUACCAGGUACACAGCCCAUCCUGGAUGCACCAUCAGUCAUACCUCAUGCAGCCAGCUGGUACUGUUCUUACCCCAACAAUGGAUCACACCAUGUCCAUUCAGCCCACGUCCAUGAUGGGGCCUCUCGCCCAGCAGCUAAGCCACCUGUCCCUGGGCAGCACGGGCACAUAUAUUCCGGCCAACACAACUAUGCAGGGGACCUACAUGCCCCAGUACACCCCAGUGCCUCCCUCCAGUGUCCCAGUAGAGGAGAAUGGUGGUCAACAGCAACAGGUUGCUAUGGAGACUCCCGCAGAACACACAAACUACUCGUACCAACACACCAAGUGAAGCUAAGCUCCCAGCAUGGUGGAGCCGAGGGCACAAGAUGAAUCAACAGGAUUCCGCAAAACUGUCCUCCAUAGAUCACCAAGCACCCAGACUUGAACAUGGAUAACAAAAGGAACAUGUCUGUGUUUGUAUGUGUGUGUGUGUCUGUAUUUUUUUUUUUUAAAGGACAACACUUAUGUCAUUGGACUUUCCUGCUCACAUCCUCUAGAGUCGAUCAACCAAAGGUGGGAAUCUUCUUCACAGAAGCUGUGAUCUAUUUUGAUAUCUGAAAAAAGCAACAUAACAAGAAGUUAAAAAGAAAACUAAGAAGAAAAAAACUUAAGAGACGUUGAAAGACACAGAGCAUUAUUUUUGUGCACGUAAUAUAACAAAUUCUUAUUUUUAACACAAAAAAGCAUUCUGGACAUUUCAGGGUGAUUCAAAGAAGAGUUGAAACACAAUGUGUCUUUUAUUUUUUUGUAAAAUAUUUUUAUUUCCUGAUGUCUGUUGUUUGACGUUCUAUUUGCAGCAGCGGAGGAAUCAAUUUGUACAGAUUAAAAAACUUCCAAAACACUUUUGCUGAUCUGACAUGUCGGAGGCAAACCGUUUAAAGCUACUUCUUCCUGUAACUGCUGCAGAGAUUUCUAUUCACGCACAGAUGAUAAUAACAAUGUUUAUAGUCUGUUUAGUCUAAUUAUUAUUAUUUUUUUACAUUCUUC